CGCGCGCCCUCUCCUGCGAGGCUCACCGCGCCGAGGCUUUUCGUAGCGAAGGCGGUUCGGGACGCGGCCCGGGGCCACCAGGGGCCCAUCCCCGCUCCAGGCUCGGAUGGGAGGCGGAGGGAGGAGCCUGGGAUGCUGAGGCUGAUGGCCAAUUGCUGCAGCUGGUUCAAGCGGCGGCAGGAGCCCGUCAGAAAGGUGACUCUUGUGAUGGUGGGACUUGAUAAUGCUGGUAAAACGGCAACGGCAAAAGGAAUCCAAGGAGAAUAUCCUGAAGACGUAGCUCCUACUGUUGGAUUUUCCAAAAUUGACCUUAGACAAGGGAAGUUUGAAAUCACCAUCUUUGACUUGGGAGGUGGAAAAAGAAUUCGGGGAAUCUGGAAGAAUUACUAUGCUGAGUCCUAUGGGGUAAUAUUUGUCGUGGAUUCCAGUGAUGAAGAGAGAAUGGAAGAGACAAAAGAGACAAUGUCAGAAGUGCUAAGACAUCCUAGGAUAUCGGGAAAGCCUAUAUUGGUGUUGGCAAAUAAACAAGACAAGGAAGGGGCUUUAGGAGAAGCUGAUGUGAUUGAAUGUCUGUCUCUGGAAAAAAUGGUCAAUGAACACAAGUGCCUAUGUCAGAUAGAACCUUGUUCAGCAAUCUUGGGAUCUGGAAAGAAAAUUGACAAGUCCAUUAAAAAAGGCCUUUAUUGGCUGCUAGAUAUCAUUGCAAGAGACUUUGAUGCCUUAAAUGAACGCAUCCAAAAGGACACAACAGAGCAACGUGCUCUUGAGGAACAAGAGAAACGAGAAAGGGCUGAACGAGUGCGAAAAUUACGAGAGGAAAGAGAACAGAGAGAGCGAGAGCAGGCUGACCUCGAUGGAACCAGUGGUCUGGCUGAGGUGGAUCCAGAGCCAAUUAUUGUGAAUCCUUUCCAGCCGAUAGCAACUGUAAUCGUUGAGAAUGAAAAAAAACUUGAAAGAGAGAAAAAGAGGCAAAAUGUGGAGAAAGACUGUGAUGCUUGCCCCCUGAGAAAUAAAAUGGAGCGUGAGCAAAUGGAAACACAGAGCCAGAUCAGUGACAGUAGCCAGAAAAGCAAUGAGUUUGCAACCAUAGAAAAUUAUAAUGAAGCAUUAACACAGCAGUUGGAGAAUGAAGAGACAGACCAGCCAUCAUCAGAAUCAGAUAACAGUAAAAAGAAAACUAAGAAACUAAGAAUAAAAAGAAGUCACCGUGUAGAACCUGUGAAUACAGAUGACUCUGCUCCUAAGAGCCCAGUACCACCCCCGCCGCCCCCUCCUGUUGGCUGGGGAACCCCCAAAGUCACUAGACUUCCAAAACUUGAGCCUCUUGGUGAAACACGUCAUAAUGAUUUUUAUGGGAAGCCACUGCCUCCGCUGGCGGUGCGACAGAGACCAAACGGUGAUGCUCAUGACAUGAUCUCAUAACCAAGUUGCAUGGAUGAGCUGCCUUAAUAUCAGCAAGAUGACCUAGAAGACCUUCUUUCUCAAAAAAGAAAAACCCUGUACAUUGAUGGCUGGGGCAAGAUUACCAUAGCAAUUCAGCAAGGAGAUUGAUAACCAAAGAUCUCACUGAUCUGAUAAUUACUUAUUCAUGUUGUUCAUGGUUUAAUAAAAAAAAAAGGAAGCAAAAAGACCAGCAGAUGGGAUGAGCAUUAUGUAUCAAAUUAGCAGGAGUUAGUAUUGACUCUGGUUUAUACAUCCCCACUCUUGGGCAUAUUCCUGAAGGAAAACCUUUCAGAAAAAGCCAGUGGACUUUGCACACUUUCAUUACUAUUUGUUUAAUAGUCUUUAUUUCUGUACCGUAAACCUUUUUUGUAAGAUACAUGUGCAUGGAAGAGGAACUCUUGGGAAUUUAUAACCUAAAUUUUUAACUUUUUAUAUUUUUCUAAAACUUUUGUUUAAGAAUUUUAUUACUAUGAUAUUGACAGUAUACUUUUCUAUAGAUGCUUUGUUUAAAUUGUAUCUGGAAAAUAGAGUUGGUAUACUGGACAAACAUUAACUAUACAAACGAUAUAUUUAUAUGUUUUGAGGUAUGUUUUAUAAUAGUAUUGUUCUUGAAGUAUACAUACUAAUUUGACCUAAUUUUAAAAUAAUACUUUUUAAAAAUAGAUUCUCAGAUCUCUAUUCUAACAAAUUAUAUUACUUGAAAGCACUACCCAAGCAGAAAGUUCAAUUUUUUGUUGUUGUUUUCUUUGAUGAUGAUCCUAAUAAAAGAGACUUGAAAAAUGAAAUAAAAAGGUUAUGUGAGAUAUUAUUAAAAGUCCCAAUAAGCCCCUCUUUAAAAGGUAAAACCCUUCAGAGAUCAUUUCUCCUUGUCACUCCUUUGUCUAUCAGCAGCUACAAUGACUCGUAGGUUAUUGUAAUUCUUUAGUGCCUUGAAAUUAAAGGCAAAAAGACCGAAAAGCUAUUGAAGUUUCAGAAACUUGUGUUUCAUAACAGGGAUAUACUUGGGUACUAAAGCAAGAAUGAAGAAACAAUUCCAAAAUAAUUUUUAUAAAUAAUUCCAAAAUAAUUUCUCAUUUUAAAAUAAUAGCAUUUCUCUUGCACAGAAGAAUGGCAUCUAUAGGAUUCUUUAUUUGUCUGGCUUUUAGAUGUAUGUUUUGAAGAGUAGAUUCAUAAUGUUGCAUUUAAUUGAAAGCACAUAUUUCUGUCACGGUAAAAAUACUACAAACGGUAUGAUUCCUAUAUAACCUUGUCAAAAUUGGUUAACUUGGUAACUUGUACUGACAAUAAUAUGAGAAGUAUGUUGAAGGCAGUUUAGUGUGAUUAUUUGAAAGUUUUACUUGAGAGCAUCACCAUUUAUUUGCAUUUUAAACUUCCUGAACUUUCAUUAAUCAGGUCACUUAUUACUCGAGUCAGCUUUUUUGAGUUUUGUACAUGGAACCCACCUAGCAUUCUACUUCAGACAUAAAAUUCGUAACAACCUAAAUGUGAUAGGCAGCUGAAAUGUAAGGAAAAUCAACACAAGGAGACAGAUAUAAAUUUUGAACUGGAUUUUAGAGAAAAAACUCAUUUGUAUAUCUUUUUGGUUUCUUUUGUAACAUUUACAUUUCUUCAUUUAAAAAAAAAACUAAACUCAUACUUUUGCCAUCUUUUUAAAAUUCAUCUAAUUUGAGAAUAAAUGUUUUUUUUUAAAUUUGUGGUUACUGUACUAUACAAUAAUCACUGAGCCCAUUUAAUUAAAAUAAUUUUGAAAUUAAAUAAUGAAGCAGAAUUCAUGUUUUAUAUAUCUCAAAAAUUAAUUUGUAUUCUUAAAGGAUUCUAAAAAUACUUUAAAAGAAGUUUUGUAAAUCCAGG